GGGUUGAACACUUAAUAUGGUGCACGCGUAGUGACAGAGAUGGUGACAUUCAUUGAGGUGGUGGUGGUGGCUCUCCUUACUUACUAUAUAUUGAAGACGGAAGACUCCCUGGAAGACGAACCGGUUUUUGUGGGACCUUUGGGGGACACCUUUCGCAAUCCGAGAGAAUGUCCUGUUUGCAAACAGGAAUUCAAUGGGGAAGAUCGUCGACCACGAAAUCUCCAGUGCUCACAUCAUCUCUGCACCUCUUGCAUUGACACAAUGCUCCGCAAUGGUGCCUCGUUUUGUCCCAUUUGCCGCGAAUAUGUCAGCGGCGUCUCAGCUAAGCAUUUCAAAAUCAACUAUGGCGUGGAGGAUUUCAUGAGGUUCCAGGAUUCGGCAGACAGAGGCAAGGGAUCCCAUCCCAUGUCGAAGAGGAUGGCACGAAUGACGAAGGAAUACAUAGAUGCCACAGAGAAACUGGUGAAUGACUGUGAGGACAGGGAAGGUCAGCUGAAAGACAGACUGAACACGAUAACUCCGUUGGAGGAAGACUUGAACGCUGCCAUCGAGACUGUGGAGUGCGAAUUAAGGGCCAAGCUCCAGGUGCUCGUCCACCUAAACAAAAUGGCCAUCCAAGAGCUGGGGAGGGAGAGUAAUAGAAUUCGCAGCCAAAUUUUGGAAUCGGAAAAUAAACGGAAGGAAUUACAGGUUGUGUCUGAAGAACUGGAACAAGCAAAAACUUCAGGAGACGCAGCAAAUUCUCUUGGGAUGGCCGACGUGUGUCAUCAUGAGAUCGAGGAAUGGAUGGUCAAUCAUGAUUUGCCUCCAGAAAAUAAGGAUGCAUUGAAAAAGGCAGAAAAGGUCUGCAAAUCGACGAAAGACAAAGUUAACCUGAUUCUCGAAAUCAUAAACUCUGAAGAAAUAAAUGGCAACUUAGUCUUCCGGAGUUCUACAUUCUGCAGAAAGUUAAACUUGCCUGAAGUGAUCACGGGUGACAUCGUGCUGCAGAUGGGAGAGGAUAUAAGACUCUUAGCAGAACAAGAGCUGCUCUUUGCUGUUCAGCGUGGACGAGGUCAGGUUUCCUGCGCCAAGAUUUCUUAUCGGGGGAAUCACCUCUACUUGCAUUGCCUCUUGAACAAACUUCCUCCUCAGAAUGCCCGCACCAUCGGGUAUAAAGAGCUGAUGUCCCUGAAAGAAAAAUCGAUGCUGUCUUUUCUCGAGAUCGGGUCCAAGGAAAAGGUCUUGGGAAGAGUUCACAUUAGGCUUCUACCAGACAAUCCCAGGGCAAAGAACUUCGCUCUGUUGUGCUCAGGGAUGAAGGAAGUUUCCUACAUUAAUUCCAAACUGCUCGAGACCUGGGGCAAGGGUCAAAACAGGGAGCACAUCAGGGGAGGAGAUUACGCGAGGAACACAGGAGAAGGAGGGGCACCUCUGGUCCCUGUCCCUAUGGAAAACGAGAAGAAGAGCGACCCCUGGAGAGCUGGGAGCGUCUGGGGGAAGCGGGCAGAAACCUCGGCUUCGCAGUUCUACAUCAGCACCAGAGACGAUCCAGGCGAGAUGAUCAAGGGGCUCUUCGGGAGGGUGGAGGACGGCCUCCAAGUUGUGAAGGACGCAAUCCAGUCUUUCGAUGACAUAAGGCAACUUAAGAUAACCGACUGCGGUUUCGUCUUUCAUCCGUCUAGUCAUUCUGAGUCAUGAAUAUGUUUCGUUGCGUUUCCAGGAUAUUUUUGUUUGAGCAAAACUGGUAUCGUGAUGGCAUACUUUCAGGGAACAAUGGUACUAUUCUUAGAGGGAAAAUGGUUAGUCCCUGACAUGCCAUAAUUUAAAGAAAACUCGAAUGAGUCUUUGGUAAAAAAAAAAAAAAAAAAAAACAAAAAAAAAAAAAAAAAAAAAAAUGCCUGGAUGGAAAUUACCUACAAAGUUCAUUAUAAGACAUUGAAAGUUGGAUGAUAAUGUCAUCUGCCCUAAAUAUACCUUGGAUAUAUCUGGGAACUGAUGACGUCACUCCACAAUACUUUAAGCAGCGAGUUAUUUAAGCGACAAAACUAAAAUUGUCUCACCCAAGGUUUCCAACCUUUUUUUGGCCAUGCCCCCUUAAUCACUUCUAAAAUCUUCAUGGCCCCAUGUUAGGAUAUACAAUUCUUAUAUGUUCGCGUGGAGGAAUCCUGAAAGGCCCUCAAAUUGGUUUAAACAGUCUCGAAUUCGCCCCCCCCCCCCCCCCCCCCCC